GUUUGGGUUGGGCCGGAGCGCGGCCUUUCCGCGGGUGCUGCCCCUUUAAGACGUGAGCUGUGACGUCAUGACGCACGGCGUACCGCGGGGGAAGAGGAAGCGGAAGCGGCAGGGCGGAAGUGGGUGUGGGUGCUACGUACCCGGAUGUUGAGGCGGUUUCUGAUUGGCUGCCGGAAGCGAGGCUGGGCGGUGCUUCGGUGUGUGGGGAAGAACCCGGAAGUGCUGAGGGCAACCGGCGGCGGCGGGCGCGCCAGAGCCCGUCCCAUGCGUGUGACCAUGCCGGGCCCCGGCGGCGCCGGGCUGGCCCCGGAGGAGCGCGUGCGGCGGCUGAUCCAGGCGGGGAGCAGCGUGGAGGUGAGCGAGGACAUCCCCCCGCGCCGCUACUUCCGCUCGGGCGUGGAGAUGCUGCGCAUGGCCACCGUCUACCGCGAGGAGGGCAACCUGGAGCACGCCUUCAUCCUCUACAACAAGUACAUCACGCUCUUCAUCGAGAAGCUGCCGCAGCACCGCGAUUACAAAAGCGCCGUCAUUCCUGAGAAAAGGGAGACGGUCAAAAAACUGAAGGAAGUAGCGUUUCCCCGAGCUGAAGAGCUCAAGGAGGAGCUGCUAAAGAGGUACGCCAAGGACUAUGCUAAGUACAAGGAGCAGGAGCAGCAGCUGGAGGAGGAGAAGACUCGGGUAGCCCUGAUGAAGCAGCAGCAGGCAGAGCAGGAGCAGUUCCACGCCUUCGAGGAGAUGAUCCGGCGGCAGGAGCUGGAGAAGGAACGCCUGAGGAUAGUGCAGGAAUUUGGGAAGCCAGAGCCAGAGUCUGUGGAUGGACCCCUCAUCCCUGGGGUGGAAAAGCCCCCAACAGAUUCAAUCCCAAAGGUUCCAGUCUCUCAAGUUCACCCAGCAAGUCCAUCAGCGGGAACUGCCCCACCCAAACCUCCCGUUGUGGACAGAUCUUUGAAGCCCAGUGCUCUGGGGAGCACGGAGAACAGUUCAGGCGUGGAUGUCCUUCGCCAGGUCAUUGUCCCCAGGGAGCUGUGCCACAAGUUCCUGCAGCUGGCCGAUGCCAACACGGUGCGGGGCGUGGAGACCUGCGGGAUCCUCUGCGGGAAGCUGGUACGGGAACACNNNNCCAUCACCCACGUCAUCGUCCCCAAGCAGCUGGGAGGCCCCGACUCCUGCACCACGGAGAACGAGGAGGAGCUCUUUGUCAUCCAGGACCAGCAUGGCCUCGUCACCCUGGGCUGGAUCCAUACCCACCCCACCCAGACAGCCUUCCUGUCCAGCGUGGACCUGCACACCCACUGCUCCUACCAGAUGAUGCUGCCGGAGUCCAUCGCCAUCGUGUGCUCUCCCAAAUACCAGGACCCUGUCCCUUCCUCUCCUCUCUUCCAGACCUGCAACCACGUGUCAAUAGUGGAGAGAGACGUGGUGAUGAUGGAUCUCCGAUAAACCUCUUGCCUUGUCCCCUUCACAGGAGCCACCCACCCUCCUUUAGGCCUAGGGAAUCGGUUUUCUUCUCCUGUAGCAGAUGAUUUCUACGGUGUAGUGAUCCCUCCCCUCCCUCCCCGUGGUGGAAUCAGAUCCCUGCCCUCAGGAACCUCAGUGCCUGCUGUGGGGCUGGCAGAGGGGGCUCCAGCUGUGGGGAGAAGCCAGCUGCCAGAGACAGAAACCAACACUAAAAGCAAUUGUUGAACUCUAAUCCACGCCCCAACAGCCUCCUGGGGAGCUUCCCCGUGACCCUGAGCUGUGGAAACCUCUUCAAGUGCUUUUGGGACUCAC